AUGAACUACGGGAUCGACUUCAAGGGCGGGACCAUCAUCGAGAUCAAGACUGAUGGGCCUGCCGAUAUCGGUGCCAUCCGUUCCGAAUUGUCUGCCCUCAAUCUCGGUGAUGUUCAGGUUCAGGAAUUCGGUGCAUCAGACGAUAUCUUGAUCCGUGUGGAGGAACAGCCAGGCGGCGAACUCGCGCAGCAAUCGGUGGUUCAACGUGUCCGGACAAUAUUUGCUGAUGACAACGUAGACUUCCGCCGCGUUGAAGUUGUCGGGCCCAGGGUAUCGGGUGAAUUGGCGCAGGCCGGCGCGAUUGCUGUGGGUGCCGCGCUUUUUGCCAUCCUGAUCUACAUCUGGUUCCGCUUUGAGUGGCAGUUCGCUGUUGGGGCGAUCCUGACGACGGCAAACGACGUCGUGAUCACAGUGGGACUGUUCGUUCUGCUUCAGCUCGACUUUUCUCUCUCCAGCAUCGCCGCUGUUCUGACGAUUAUCGGGUAUUCACUCAACGACACCGUGGUCGUCUACGACCGCAUCAGGGAAAACUUGCGCAAAUACAAGAAACGGCCGCUGGCGGACAUUCUGGAUCAGUCCAUCAACGAGACCCUGUCGCGCACAACGAUGACAUCUGUCACGACACUCCUGGCCCUGAUUGCGCUCUAUGUUUUCGGCGGAGAGGUCAUUCAGUCGUUCACGCUCGCGAUGAUCUUCGGCAUCGUGAUUGGAACCUACUCGUCGAUCUUCCUGGCAGCUCCUUUGCUUAUCCUGCUCAACCUUCGUCCGGACGCGUUGUCCCGAAAUGAUGGCGAUGAUGAAAAGGAAGCCAAGGCGAACGCGACUGUUUAA